UCAUGUCCCGCCCCAUCUCUCGAGCGUAACGUGUGUUGACUGCCUGGCUUUACUCCGGCUUGUUCAGAAGCAGGUUAGUCUAUUUUAUGACAUUUGUUCGCGUCUGAUAAAGACAAAACUCACCAAAGAUCAUGAACAGUUUAAUUCGAAAUACUGCGAGGUGUUUGCGGUCUGGAGCAGCCGUCUACAUACCCAGACAGGCCGACGGACGAGUGUGGACGUCCUCGGCCCGGUUCCUGUGCGCGGCGGCGGACGUCCAGAAAGCCCUUGGAGAUAUUGUGCAGAAGGACAAAGUGGUUGUGUUCAUGAAGGGGACUCCGGCCCAGCCUAUGUGUGGCUUCAGUAACGCCGUGGUUCAGAUCCUCCGGAUGCACGGGGUGGACGACUACGCUUCGUACAACGUAUUAGAGGACUCCGAGCUCCGAGAAGGAGUCAAGGCCUUCUCCAACUGGCCCACGAUCCCCCAGGUGUACUUCAGCGGAGAGUUUGUGGGGGGGUGCGACAUCCUGCUGCAGAUGCACCAGAACGGAGAUAUGGUGGAGGAGCUGAAGAAGUUGGGCAUCAACUCCUCACUGCUGGAGGCCGAGAAGGAAUCCAAGUAGAGGAUGAACGUCAAACAGCUGACCAGACAGAGGACACAUUGAUCAGGUCUAAUCCCCCAUGAUGACGACAGAUAAACCAUCUAUAAAGCAGGCCUGGGCAAAGUUUACUCACCUUUCCAAGCAGUUGAGUGGCAGCACUGUCAUGGGAAUCUUUACUAUGUUUUAUAUGUAAACAGAGCUCCUGCUAAUACACUUCUGAAUGUGCACAGAUCAUGUACCUGAGAGGUGAGGACUUUAAACUAGGAAGAAUAAAAAGGGUUGACAGUGUCUCCACAGGAUUUCAAAUUCAUUUCUCAUCUUUCUAGAGGCUGAUUAUUUUUGGGUUAUUUAGAAAAACACAACAAUUACAUAAAAUGACUCUUUAACUUUAUAUUAAAAACUUGUUAGCUUUCUUUAGAGUCGUGUUUCUGGCCACAAAAUGUCAUAUUCACUUUCUAUUUAACUGGGUUUGAAAAAUGUUUAGCUCUUUAGCUGCACCAAACACUUCACUGGUUAGUUUCUAACUGUGAAUAUCUGCCACUUGGUGCUGGGCAGCUAGCAGACACGAUGUUGAUCAGAGUUUGGGGGACAGAAAACCACAACAAAGAUCUGGAAGACGUCGUCAAGCUUUAUAUGGUGAUCAUUCUAUGUGUUUAUGUCAAUAGGAGCAACCUCUUUUGCAUAACAAACAGUAAUUAAUCAAAGAUAAAUAAUUGAUUAUCAGCUUUAAUUUUCCCUUAACAAAUGGUGGGAAACGUUGUCCUUUGCCAUCUACUUCCUACUAUGUGAAUGCUUUUCAAUCAUCCUGAUUCUCUAAAUGCUAAAUAGCAGAAUAGAAACCCACAACAGCUAAGUUUGCCUAAUUUAGAGGCUUUUUGUAAUACAUUCAGUAAUGAAAGUCCAGAUAUGACCACACUGUUGGAGAGAAAAUCAUUUUGAAACCAGGUUGGACCUGCCUGAGGGAGACUUUCAGCUUCCCUCCCUGUGUUAUUAAUUAGUUUACACAAGAACUCUGGCAAACCUCCGUCAUGUUGACCUGUAAAAGCUCUGCUAGCUAACUGUCUACCUUUUCCCCCCAAGCCCCAGUCUGUUUAAGACCAAAUAAGCCUCAUGGUACACUUGUUAACAUCUAUAUAAGUCUGCUUGGGUCACACCACGAAAAUCUGUCAUCAUACUAUAAAGCUUCUAAAUGCACUGCCUGUAACUUCCUUUAUCUAGAAGGAAGAACAACCACGGAGCAAUACUCAUAAUUAUACAUACGGGAUACUUUCUGAACAAUUACAUCUCUUCAAAAAUUGCCUUUUGUAGUGGAGGUCACUACAGUCAUGGAUCCCGUCUCACUGACCUCUUAACAUGCACUGUCCAUAUGACUGAGGAAUACAGUGGUGCAGGAAUAAGUCCUAAAACCCAGAAAUGAGUCAGCAUUUUACCACUCUCAGUUCCCGCGUCUCGAAGUCAACGUUUUUGUUUGUGGUUUUUGGUUAGUUGCUUAAUACAAGGUCUGUGGUUAACACAAGCUGAAGAGAUUUUGUUCUGUGACAUUACAUAUGUCAGUAAGAGCACAUUUGUAAAUGCUCGAAGCUUUUAAUGCGUUGUGAAAACUGCGGUUGCUAACGGGGUUCGUUUUUAGCCUAGCAUUAGCUCUAUACUUUUCUCGAUAGCAUUUACGCUUAAAAAAAUCAUUAAGUGGUGUUAAUAUUUGGAUAUUAUCCUGCUGAACAACAUUUCGUAGUAUCAUAAAUGUGUUUGCCAAAGAUCUUAUUUUCUACAAUAUUUCUAACACCAUUACUUUUUGUCGAGAGAACCCCUUGCAAUGCUAACUUUAGGACAACCCACAAAAAAGGUCAUCACUGCACCACUAUUGUCGCCUGUUUGUUCUUCCUGCCAGGAACACACACACACACACACACACACACACACACACACACACACACACACACACACACACACACACUUUAAGAGCACCCGCUGAAACGCAACAAACUGUGAUACAUUUUCUCUUUUUCCCCGAAGACAGCACACGGACUAACAGGAGCAGUUAAACAUUUGUUGCGUCUGUCCAAGUCUGUGGUAUUUGUUCAUUUAUCAAUAAAGGAAAAAGAGAAGUUUUAUUUUUUGGAGGUGUAUUUGUUGAGUCUAACCCCUUGUGUUUAUCAAUCCUAGAUGUUCCUUCUGCUGCACACAGCUGUAUUAUCAAAGCAAUGGUCAUGUAAUACACUGUAAGAUAUUGUACAUUGAAAGCAUAUUAUUAAAUGCAUUUGAGCUGCAUGUGAACCCUUCACCUAUUAAAUAUUUUGUGACAAAUAAAAAGCCAAUCCAGA